AUGAAGGGCUUAUCGGGCAGCCGUGGCCAGCAUCAUCAGCUCCCCAUGCCUCACUCCCCGUGUGGCCUGGUGGAGUUUGAUCGACCUCAUGAAAUUCAUGGCGUUCACUCGUCUGACAUCCGUCACACAUACCUUCUCAGCCCCACAGACAGCUGUGCCAUGGACUACCAGCACCACCAGCGCUACUCUCCUCGUAGCUCCAUCCACUCCGACUGCAUGAUGCUUUCACCAACAGUGCUGCAACCCAUUGGCACUGCUGACCACAUCUCCAGCAGCACAUUUCCCAGAAUGCACUACGGUUCCCAGUACUAUGACUCAGCCUCCCGAGACGACUGUGCUACCAUCACCACGUCGGCCACUUCUGCUGCUGCUGCCUCAUCAUUUGCCUCUCAUCAUGCUGUAAGCAAGGGCAAUCGCAUCCCCGCCAACCUUCUAGAUCAAUUUGAGAAGCAGCUUCCAGUGCACCGCGACGGUUUCCACACGUUGCAGUACCAGCGCGCUUCCCCUUCUGAGCAGCGCAGCGAGAGUCCUGGACGAAUUCGCCACCUGGUGCACUCUGUCCAGAAACUCUUCACCAAAUCCCACUCCCUGGAGGGCUCAUCCAAGAUGAAUGGUGCUAAAGGGGAGGGUGGGGUCCACCACCACCACAGUGGCCACCACUCAUCCAAACAUGGGAUCAAACGCAGCAAGAGCAAGGAACGCAAGCAUCGCUCAGGCAGCUGGUGGAGCUCUGACGAUAACCUGGACAGCGAUAGCACUUUCCGCACUCCCGUUGGUAUGAGCCGGCAUCACGCAGGCCAUUGUCUCUCGGAAUCUGUACGCCCUCACUUUGGUGAACACUCACUCAAAACCUCCAAAAGCAGCAAUGAUGUAAAGUGCUCAGCCUGUGACAGCCUUGCCAUGCCACCAGAAGGAAAGUUCAUGAAAAGGAGCUCCUGGUCCACACUCACUGUCAGCCAGGCCAAAGAAGCAUACCGAAAGUCCUGCCUCAACCUGGACAAGUCCACAGUCCAUCAGGAUCUAAAGUCCUCUCUUCGCGCCAGUCACUAUCUACAGGUGCCUCAGGAUGAGUGGAGUGGUUACCCGGGAAUUGAAAAGGAUGAGGAGAUCCCAUGUCGGCGGAUGCGCAGCAGCAGUUAUGUGAAAGCCAUGGGGGAUGAUGAGAGUGGUGAAUCAGACACCAGUCCCAAAGCAUCGCCUCAAAAAUCUGUCCGUCCAGAUGCCCUCAUUCUCAAAUCCGCCAUCCACAGACCUCAUAUAGACAGCCAAAGCCAAGGCUACCACUUGCAAACAACGAGAGAUUUGCGUCCCCAUCCCGGUGUGUCUCUGGACCCAGUGACCUCCUACAACCCUCCCCAAUACCGCUCUCGCAACCAGAGCUACAUGCGCGCUGUCAGCACCCUCAGUCAGGCAAGCUGCCUCAGUCAGGUGAGUGAGACUGAGGUCAAUGGCCAGUAUGAGUCAGUUUGCGAGUCCGUUUUUAGUGAAGUAGAGUCCCAGGCCAUGGAGGCCCUGGACCUUCCUGCCACUUUCCGCACUCGAAGCCACAGUUACCUGCGUGCAAUUCAGGCUGGGUAUUCCCAAGAUGACGACUGCUUGCCUUCAAUGACAUCCUCCACUGUCACUUCAACUCUCAGAUCCACAACAGAGGGCUAUGAUGCGAUGGAAGGCACUUCUUUGUUAAAUGAGGAUAUGAUAGAAGACGAUGACGGUGCUAGCUCCUCGGCUUACCAGGAGCUUGAGCGUUUUGAGAGAGAGAAUGCUGGUCGGAGUCAUCACAGCACAAGUUCUACUGUAACAGCCAUCUCUGUGGCACCCACUUCUUCUCCACCCAUGUACCAUGUUCCUGCUCCAACACCCUCCAUCCCUGAACCACAUGUUCCUCAGGCCAUUCAAGCUUUUAAAGAAUCAGCCAAUAUGGUGGCAGCCUUCAACAUGCAAUGGAAGGAAGAGAUUGCGGCCAUGCGGUUUGAGCUGGCCGAACUGCGCCGGGAUGGAGGCAGCGACCGGAAGCUCUACCCAAUCAAGUGA